AUGCCUUCGCCAAAGGAACUCAAACGAAUUCUGUUGAUUGCUCUUCGUUGUGUAGAUCGAGAGGUUGAUAAGAGGCCUAAAAUUGGAGAUGUGAUCCACAUGCUCGAGCCACACGAUUUGCUACUCACUGAUCUGAUCAAUCACACUACUGUUUAUUCUGAUGAUGCAGGGGUGUAUUUUGAGGCGAGAAAUUUCUCGACGUAG